AUGGAUACCAUUUGUUUAUUUCCUUACAUUUUUCAGGCUAAAAAGCUGCUGGACGGAACACAUCAGUUGCGCAUCGACGGCCGUCACGUCGGAAGCGCAGGCCACGGCGGUGGUAGCCACGGGCAUAAAAAAGAAUUUGGUCCAGCUAUGAUAUUAUAUUAUUUGGCAUCUGCUUUUCGAACUCUCUAUCCAAGACUCGAUGAUGAUUUUGUUGAUAAAUUAAAUUAUUAUUAUACUACGACGAUACUAGCAUCAUUUGCACUUCUGGUUUCUGCUAAGCAGUAUGUUGGUUUUCCUAUACAGUGUUGGGUCCCGGCAACGUUUACAGAUGCCAUGGAACAAUAUACAGAAAACUACUGCUGGGUACAAAACACCUAUUGGGUACCUAUGCAGGAAGACAUUCCACGAGAAAUUUAUUCGAGGAGAAAUCGUCAAAUUGGCUAUUAUCAGUGGGUUCCGUUUAUCCUCGCAAUUGAAGCAUUGCUUUUCUAUGUGCCUUGUAUAUUAUGGAGAGGAAUGCUGUACUGGCACUCAGGAAUUAAUCUGCAAGGUCUUGUGCAGAUGGCAUGUGAUGCAAGACUUAUGGACGCAGAUGUUAAAAGCCGGACAGUGUAUACAAUGGCACGGCAUAUGGAGGACGAAGUUCAGCUGACACAUUUGGAGCGACAUGGACAUGCACGAACAUGUUUUCCUUUUGCCCAAGCAGGUGGCCGUUGUGGAAGGCAUUGUGGAUGUUAUGUUACUAUGUUAUACAUUGGUAUCAAGAUCUUAUAUUCUGCUAACGUGCUAUUGCAGUUUUUCUUACUGAAUCAUCUACUAGAUGCAGAUGAUCUUGCAUAUGGUUUUUCAUUAUUACGCGAUUUAAUGCAUGAAGUCGAAUGGGAACAGACCGGAAUGUUUCCACGUGUAACACUUUGUGAUUUUGAGGUUCGUGUGCUUGGUAAUAUCCAUCGACAUACUGUGCAAUGUGUUCUUAUGAUUAAUAUGUUCAAUGAAAAAAUUUUCCUUUUUUUAUGGUUUUGGUUUCUUACGGUUGGCUUGAUAACCAUUUUUAAUACUUGUUACUGGAUAUUAAUAAUGUUCAUUCCAAGUCAGGGAAUGUCCUUUAUUCGCAAAUAUUUGCGAGUGUUAAGCGACCAUCCAACGAAGCCUGUAGCUGACAGUGUAUCACUUCGAAAAUUUACUAAUCAGUUCUUGCGCAAAGAUGGAGUAUUUAUGCUCCGGAUGAUCUCAACUCAUGCUGGUGAACUAAUGAGUAGUGAAUUAGUUCUUGCUUUGUGGCAGGAUUUCAAUAAUGUUGAUCGUACGUCCGCUCAGUUUUGGGAUGCUGAACACGGCACAGGAACCCUCGAUACUUAA